AUGUCGGCUCUGAAGCGACUGUCGCCUUUCGCUCACGUUGGAGGCCACCUCUUCAGAGGCCGCUGCGCGCGGGCGGCUGGAGCCGGUGGCGUCCGUCGGGCUGGCGGAGGUGCGCACAUCGAGCCUCGGUACAGACAGUUCCCGCAGCUGACCAGAUCCCAGGUGAUCCAGGCCGAGUUCUUCAGUGCAACCAUGUGGUUCUGGAUUCUCUGGCGCUUCUGGCACGACUCAGAUGCUGUGCUGGGUCACUUUCCUUAUCCUGACCCUUCCCAGUGGACGGAUGAGGAAUUGGGUAUCCCUCCGGAUGAUGAAGACUGA